AUCACUACCUUGUGUGUGGAAAGGCUUCUCUCUAUCGGCUUUCGUCGUGGUGUGAUGCAGAAGCAUAAAAAAACCAUUACAAUCCAACCACGCUUCGUUCGGUCAUAUAAUCUGGUGCUGCUGGGUAAGUGGCUACAGCGCAACAAUUGGUUCCGUCCCGCGUGCAGUUUGAAGAGUAAAGCAGAGAGGACAACAUGUUGCUGAGCGUCGUGAUAGGAGCGGCUGUGGCAGUGCUAACUUACAAACUGGCCAGGCUUUUUAUUGAGGGCGGUCAGUUUCGGAAAAAUACUCGGUGUGAUGGAAAGGUGAUUCUCAUCACGGGUGCUAACACCGGCAUUGGUAAGGAAACAGCCCGAGAAUUGCUGAAGCGUGGCGGAAAGGUGUAUAUCGCUUGUAGGUCUCUGAAACGUGCCAACGAGGCACGAAAUGAUAUAGUUUCACAAACUGGUUUGAGCGAUAUUCAUGUGCGCGAGCUGGAUCUUGCAUCAAUGGAAUCUAUACGAUACUUUGCAAAGAGGUUCCUGGAGGAAGAGCGACGAUUAGAUCUACUGAUCAAUAAUGCAGGCGUAAUGGCAUGCCCGAAGGCAUUGACCAAAGAUGGCUUUGAACAUCAACUUGGGGUGAACCAUCUUGGACAUUUUCUACUCACGAAUCUGUUAUUAGAUCGACUAAAAGCAUCAGCGCCCAGUCGGAUCAUCAAUCUGUCCAGUCUUGCGCACAAGUUCGGCAAGAUCAAUCGAAAGGAUUUGAACAGUGAGCAUUCUUACAAUCAGGUGACAGCCUAUUGCCAAAGUAAACUUGCCAAUGUGAUGUUUACUCGUGAACUUGCCAAACGUCUUCGCGGUACGGGAGUAAAAGCGUACGCUGUUCAUCCCGGAACUGUCGACACGGAUCUUCCACGUCACAUGGGUUCUCUAUUCUUUCUGUUCGAUCACAAGUUGGUAAAACCGUUGCUUCGGGUAGCCUUUAAAACGCCACUUUCCGGAGCUCAAACCACGCUCUACACUGCACUGGACGAGGAUUUGCAGGAGGAAAGCGGCAAUUAUUAUGCCGACUGUCGAGAGCAAAAGCUAAGUACGUACGCACUUAACGACGAGAUGGCUACAUGGCUUUGGGAGGAAAGCGCACGUAUGACGGGUCUAAGCGAAGAAGAAAGCGUAAAAAAAAUGUGAUAAAAAAUGUCAUGUUUUUGGAUUGUAUACAUGCUUCUUGGGAAGGUUUCUCAGUUGCUCUCUGUUUAGUUUUAGCUCUCUUUAGCGGUUUUGCUUUGACCUCACGUACGUGUCGUAGGUUUGGUCCAAUAAAAAACUAUUUGGUUAUAACAUAGUACAUAGUUUAAUCAUUAAACAAAAAAACACAGAUUUUAUAAUGACGAAAACAGAAGAAGAGAUUGUCAUUGCCAAACACAUUUAAUACACAACGCAUUAGUAUUCUGAGCA